GCAGGAAAACAACUCACAAUGAAACUCGCUUUGGUUGCCAUCCUCCUGGUGGCUGUGGGCCUGGCCCAGGCCACCGACUACUGCUCGUGGGACAUCUGCAACGGUGGCUCCCACAUUGCCUGCGGGCACAGCAACUGGUGGGACAGCGCCUGUCCCGGCGAUGCCGAACUGAUCGACAUCAAUGACGACUACAAGUGGGUCUUUGUCCACUCGCACAACGACAAGCGAAACUACAUUGCUGGAGGCUAUGAUCCCAAUCACAAUGCCGCCUGCCGCAUGGCCACCAUGGAAUGGGACGACGAGCUGGCCUACCUGGCCUCCCUCAAUGUCCGGCAAUGCAACAUGGUCCACGACAGCUGCCACAACACGGACGCCUUCAAGUACUCUGGCCAGAAUCUGGCCUGGCAGGCCUAUUCCGGCAGCCUGCCCGACAUGGGCUACAUUCUGGACAACAGUGUCCAGAUGUGGUUCGACGAGGUGCACAACUCCAACAGUGGCAUCAUUGAUGGUGGCUAUCCAUCGGGCUACAGUGGACCGGCCAUUGGUCACUUCACCGUGAUGAUGUCCGAGAGGAAUACCCGCGUGGGCUGUGCCGCUGCCAGGUAUAACCGUGAUGGCUGGAACCAGGUUUUGGUGGCCUGCAAUUAUGCCACCACCAACAUGAUCGGUCGCCAGAUCUACUCCAGCUGUGACUAUGGUUCCCAGGGCUGCAACUCCGGCAGGAAUGAUGAGUUUGGCAACCUUUGCUCUGCCUCCGAGUGGUAUGAUGUCAACAGCUGGUAGGGAUCUGCUGGCUUGGAGAGAUUAAAGCCCCCAAUGAGAUACUGA